AUGUCCACCGCGUCGAGGUGCCGUGCCGCUCCUCAGGGAGCAUCACCAUUGAGUGACCUCCACAAUACAUCUCACAUACCGUCUACAGUCCCCUUGGUCGUCCAUCUUCCGCCCUUUGCCCCGAUACCCGGCAAAGAACCCCAUCUCCCCGACUUUCUUGCCCCUUUCCCCACCGCUGUCAUCAACUACCGUUGGACUGGGCCUUCCUCCCUGACGAGCUCGCAUACCGAGCCGUCGACCCAAGACGAGUUCAAGGCGCCCCUGCACUGGCCGACCCCGCUUCACGAUGUUCUCUUCGCCUACAGCUGGCUCCUCAAGAACCUCCGCCCGGAGAACCAGGCGCGCCGCGCCAUCUACCUCCACGGCACGUACCUCGGCGCCACGCUCGCCGCCGCCCUCGCCCUGACAGAGUGUCACAAGCACGAGGCCACCGCCGUCCGCGGCCUCGCCGCCUACAAACGGCGUCUACAACUGGACCAUGUUCUGCCGGACCACAAGCUCAACAAGCCAACGACCUACCGCGGCAAGACGACGCCCGUGCCACCGCCCCGAAGAGGGCUCGGCACUGCGCGUCCUGCGGGAUGCCCUGCCCGACCUGUUCGGUGCGCCGGUGUCGCUGUUCGACGCGUUCGCGAGCCCGAGCCUCUUCUUUCAGACGGCGGGCCUCGAGAUCCCGCCGUCGUUCACGCAGACGGUCGCCGUUGCGGGCCUCGUCGACAGGAUGGCGGCGCUGGGGCUCGAGGGGUCAGCGGCAGAUUUGAUGCCUGCGAGCGUGGCCAGGAUGCCGAGGCGCAGCGCGCUGCUGUCAUCGCUGCCGCGACCACUUCCUCCACUGCGAAGCGAAAGACGACAAGCGUGCGUAAGCGCAAGGCAAAGGGCAAUCAGUUCGAGGCGCAGGCGCAGGAGCUGGCGGGGCUCUUGCGGCGGAGCAUGGAGAAGCUGGAGUUGAAAGAACGCAUGAAGUGGGACGAGGAUUUCGACGCCGAGGGGGAGAUGGAGGCGCGGGUCAAGGUCGUUGAUGUCGGUGACGGCAGCCCUCACGAGUUGGGCGCAAGGGGGGACGCGGUGGUGCGGGAAUGGCUGAAGCAGCGGAUUGCACUUUGA